AUGCAGAAUCAGCUUCUCUUGAAAGUGGUGAAAGCGCACCAGGAUUGUGCGCGGUUUCUCACCAACUACCAGUUUAGGCUGAAGAGAACGAUGUGCUUGAUCCACUUUAACCAGGCGAGGAAAAUGCUCUUCUCUGAGCAGUUGGGGAAUCAGCCUGGAGACAAAUUCAGUGUCUUUUCCAUUCAGGGGAGUUCAGAAAAUGUGAAAGAGAAUUUGGCAUUAAGAGGAACGGCUGUACAGUCGAGCACAUAUAACAGCUGUGGGGCUGCAAAGGCCAUCAACGGCAUCAAAUACUCUCCUUCAGGUAUACCCACUCCAGAAGAAAUCUAUACAUACUGCUCCAUCACAUCAAAGGAGCUCAACCCGUGGUGGAGGCUGGACCUGCUGGAUUCUUACUCCAUUUCCAACGUGAUCGUCACCAACAGAGCUGACAGCUGCUGUCCGGAUCAAACUGCUGGAGUAGAGAUCCGCAUCGGAAACUCUCUGGAAAACAACGGAAACAACAAUCCCAGAUGUGCUGUCACUUCACUUGUCCCAGCAGGCAGUUCUGUCAGUUUCUCUUGUGGGGGAAUGGAAGGUCGUUAUGUGAACAUGUACAUUCCUAACAUCCAGGAGUAUCUCACGCUGUGUGAGGUGGAGGUUUAUGGAACAGCCUCCUGUGAAGAGUUCAUAUGACCCAGCACCUGUGAGUAGAUGAUGGCUACCCUGCAAGGACUCCAGAUACAAAAUUAUGAUAUUUUUAUUGCUUUAAAAUGCAGAAACAGUUUGCUUGAAUGCAUAUCUGGUAUUUGUAAAUAUUAUAAUUUCAAUUAGAUUUAGAUUUCAACUGCUCUUUCUGAUACAAGCUCCUAUAAAGACUAUAAAGGAUUUUGUAAAAGGAAAAACGUGCAUUUUCU